AUGCAUUUUCAUACAAAUCUCGAGAGAAGUCGACCUUACAAUCAUAAAUAUCGAUCAACAAUACUACUAUCACAAUUUAAAUCCAUUAUAAUAUUCAUCUUAAUAUUUCUACUACCAACAUUAACUUCAGCAAUAGGUUUAAAUAUUUCACCAAUUAAAAAUACAAAUUCCAAUCAAAAAAAAUUAUCAUCAUUAAAAAAUUUACAAAAUUGUUUAUCAUAUGAAACUGGACAAAAUGAUAUAAUAUUUUUAACAAUAAAUCCUAUAGAAAAUUUAAUAAGUCAAGAAUUAAAUUUAAAAAUUAUUGAUUCCAGAGGUAAUAUAUUAAGAAAUCAACAUAAUUUAUCAAAAUUUAAUAAAAUGUUAGAAUUAAUUAUAAAUCCAAAUAAUAAUGAAGUCACGUCAACAAUAGCAUCAGAAGAAAACAAUGGAGAAAUAGAUAUACGAUCUAACGCAGACACCACACAAAAGGAAAGAAAUUUUAUUCAUAUAUGUUUUGAUAAUUUAUAUAAUGAUUUAAGUUGGAGUUUUCAACCAAAAAAAUAUGAAAUUGAAAUUGAUAUAAAUAUAAAAAAUGAUAUAAAAUUAACAAAUUAUAAAAUUUUUAAAAAUUAUUUUUCAAAUUUUGAUAACAAUCACAUUAAUCAAGAAGAAAAUCAACAACAACAACAACCUCAAGAAGGAUCAAAUUCAGAAUUUUAUAAAAUUCAAUUAAAUGAAGAAUUAUUUGAUUCAAAAAUGUCAGAAAUUUCAAUAGAAUUAAAUAAUAUUCAAAAUAAAUUAAUUGAAAAUGAUGCCAUAUUACAAGAUUUAUUAAAUCAAGAAUUUAAAUUAAGAGACGUGAAUGAAGAAAUAUUUGGAAGUUAUAAUUUUAUAAGUAUAUUCUUGUGUUGUUUUAUUUUUGGUUGUGGAAUUUUACAAUUGAUUAUAUUUAAAUUUACUUUAAAAAAGAAAAAUAUAACUUAA